CGCACCAGGGUCUUCGUCCCCCCACCUCCUCUCUCUCUCUCUCUCUCUCUCUCUCUCUCUCUCUCUCUCUCUCUCUCUCUCUCUCUCUCUCUCUCCCCAGUCUCCAACAACCGCCCCGCCGCGAAUGGAGCUCCUCGACAUGGUGCCCGCGGACGCCAUCGCGCUCCGCCUCUACUCCCUCCCGGCAGCGGCGGCGGCCUCGCUCUACUACGCCUGGCUCGUCGCCGCGCUCGCCGCCGCCGUCGGCCUGUGGCGCAUCCGCGCGGUCGGCGCCGGCGUCAGCAGAGCCAGCGCCGUCGUCGUCGUCGGAGAAAAGCAGCAGGCGGCCCAGCCGUCGCCCGCCGUUGAGGAGCCGCGGCCGGCGGCGCGGGCGCCCGAGCCGGCUGAUGAGGCGGCGUCCCGGAGCGAGCCAGAGUCGAGCACGCCGUCCAAGGUCCGGUUCACGGCGUACUACGGUGUUUCCGGAGGCGACGACGGCGGAGUGGUGGACAGUGUCAGGAGAUGCGCGGACGAGGACGAGGACGAGGACGACGAGGGGAUCGAUGGCGAGAUGGAGGCGGUCCUGAGGAGGACGGCGUCGGCGCCGGAGAGAAGAAGGGCGGCGACGACCUUCGCGGUGGCACUGUGGGAGGAGAGGGAGAUGGCCGUGAGGCGGAGGGGCGACCUGGGGUGGUACCGGCACCUCGACAUGGCGGCGCUCGACGGCAGCGUCGUGAGGCUGUGGGACGGCGAGCUGACGGCGUCGCCGAGAGCGCGGUGGAGGAGGGCAGGAUUGGAAUUACAGUUGUCAUUUUAGAGAUGGUGUAUGCUUAAUCUGUAUAUUGUGGUUGUAUUGUAGGAGUAAUGGGAUGAUGUUAUUAGGAGGAUAUGGCAAUUUUGCCCUUUGAGAUUGUCAUCAAGUUAUGGCCAAGGCCAAAGGGCAAAGAAGGUCCCUUUGUCACUAGUCCUGUACCCGAGCCAGGGCACAAAUGGAAACUGAUAAAUGUCAGUGGUAUCUAUCAUUCUACCUC